AUGGUGCUUGGCAAGAAUAAGCGCCUGACAAAAGACCGCAAUAAGGGAGCCAAGAAGAAAGUGGUUGAUCCAUUUUCGAAGAAAGACUGGUAUGAUGUGAAAGCGCCUGCGAUGUUCAAUAUUAGAAACAUUGGGAAAACACUAGUUACGAAGACUCAAGGAACCAAAAUUGCAUCUGAUGGCCUCAAGGGUCGUGUGUUUGAAGUGAGCCUUGCUGAUCUACAGAAUGACGAAAUUGCAUUUAGAAAAUUCAAGCUAAUUACUGAGGAUGUUCAGGUCAAAAACUGACUAACUUCC